AUGAAGUUUUUUCCAAGUUCCCAAAGAGGGUUUUCCACUCUUAGCCACCUCCUCAGAGAAUGGAGAUUAGUUGAAAGCAGACAGAUCCCAACUCCAAAGACGUAUCAAGUCGGCGACAGCAAGCCAUUAUAUAUCCCAAAGGAGAAGAAGGAAUUCCCUGAUUAUCCAUACGGAGAAUCUCCAAUUUACAAACAGAGUAACAAAGGUUUAUACGGUGCGUCUUUCAUCCAAUUCGGUAAUAACAUCGCUGAAUCGAAGACAAAAACCAGGAGAUCAUGGAGUCCAAACGUUAUUAGAAAAGGACUAUGGAGUGAGACUUUGAACAGAAAGAUUAGUAUUAAGAUGACAGCAAAAGUUUUAAGAACAAUUACCAAGGAAGGUGGUAUUGACAACUAUUUGACUAAGGAAAAGGCCGCCAGAAUUAAGGAAUUGGGACCUACUGGUUGGAAACUCCGUUACAGACUACUGAACUCUAAGGAAAAAGCUGCCAAUCCUGUACAUAAGGACGCUGAGACUGUCACAGAUGCCAAUGGCAACGAAGUCACCGUAUUGUACAAAGUUGUUGUCGAUGGAGAACCAUUGAGAAUUACUGCUGGUAAGCGUAAACUAUUGCAUACCCUUUUCCCAUUGGAAAAGAUGGAACACAAAGCGGAUGGAUUAGAUCUAUCGUUUAAGAAAUUCAUGGACCAAUUUGCUACCCGUGACGUGGCAGACAUCGUAUCGAGAUUAAAGGCCUUGAAUUUCGAUUUGAGUACGAUUACUGUAUGA